AUGCGCAAAAUUACAUUCGUCACAUUAUGUAAAGACAGAAUCCUCGAUCUCGCAACCGUGACGUCAGAAAGCGGACUUGAUUAAAGUUGAGGGCGCGACUCGCCAAAGUUUCGCGCGUCCAAACAAUUUCAGCGUUUUCGUCCCGCCACGAAAACAUUUUCUGGCAUUCUGUAUUUCCAUUUUCUUCGGAUUUUCCUCAGAACUGUUGGAUUCUGGAAGCCGAGUAGGUCGCCAUGCCGAGCGUCGAAUUGCGCGCGUUCACGACGAACAGCUGCCCAGUACGAUUGGUAAAAUUUUUUUAUUGAAUCGUCAAGUAUAAUAUAAAAAUUUCUGGAUUGAUAUUCUAACUGCCUGCGGCAUUUGUGAUAUGAUUAUUUCACUUGUGAUUGCUAACCUUUUUACCAUCUAAUUUUGUGUUUUUAUAACCGUUUUUGCGUGUUUUCUGACAUUACUUUAGGCGGUCCGAAGAGGGUAUUGAUUUUUAUCGUUUUCAGCAAAGAAAUCAUGUCUGGCUGGGACGCGUACAUCACCAACUUGCUCGAGAGCUCCGACGGCAUCAAGAAGGCCGCAAUCGUCGGCCUGGAAGAUGGCUCUGUAUGGGCUAGAAGCAACGACUUUAACGUAGGUGUUUUCUAGUUUUUGUUGAGAUUUAGGUCGGUAGUCAGGGGAUUUUGAUGUCUAACAGAGUGUGCGAGAGAUUCUGGACAUUCUCAUUAAUUUUCAUACCAAAAUCUCUCCAAGAAACCGCUUUUUCAACCUUUUUUAUAAUAUUAUCCUACAGGCCACCGACACCGAAUUGAGAACUCUCGUCAACAGCUUUAAGAAUAUCCAAUCCGUCCCACAAACCGGCUCCGACCUCGAAGGAGUCCACUACAUCGUUCCGCGUGUGGAGGACACUCUGAUCUUCGGCAAGAAGGGAAGCCAAGGCUUCUGCGCCGUCAAGUCCAACACUGCCGUGAUCCUGGCCGUCUUCGAAGGCGAAACUGGCGCCGGAUCCGCCACCCGAGUAGCCGUCGAGAAGCUGGCUUCCUACCUGGUCGACACGGGAUACUGA